CAGUACUUCUCCAAGUUAUUCCACGCGUUCUGGUUUAAAUGCGGAUUCUGUGGAAAAAAAUACAUGAAUACAAGAGUCACCCCGAGAAGCCGUUUCGUUUGUGAGGGUGAUGCGAAGAUGCAGAAUCAGGAAUGGAGAAAAGAAGACUGAAAUUGGAAGAGGUUACAGAGAAAGGGACAGAAAAAGGGUUUGGGAAAUGCCCAGUAAAGGCAGCUGAGUGCACGCAGCUCCUGGGUGCUGAUCUGCUGUGGACGUUCGAAGGCGGACAUGUCGAUGAGGAGGACAGAAGGCGUCUCGGUGAUACAGGCCUUGGCCAUGACUGUGGCCGAGAUCCCUAUGUUCCUUUACUCUACCUUCGGGCAGUCCAUUUUCUCCCAGCUGCGCCUCUCCCCCAGCCUGAAGAAGGUCCUGUUUGCCACAGCCCUGGGCAGUGUAGCCCUGGCCCUCACAGCCCAUCACCUGAAGAGACGUGGCCAUAAGAGGAAGAAGAUAACCCAGGGGAAGGAUGUGCCGAAACAGACAAACGUACCCGAGUCCCUACUGGGCAAUGGGCGGCGCCAGUCAUCCCUCAAGAAAGCCCCGUACCCUGGCCGGAGGGUAACGAGCCCCAGCAGCCGCAGUAAUGACACCCUGAGUGGCAUCUCCUCUAUUGCUCCUAGCAAGCAUUCCAGCUCCUCACACAGCCUGGCCUCGGUGCGCAUUCCGCCCUCGCCGAACCAAGCAACCAACCCUGCAGCACCUUGGGAAGCAGAGGCAGUAGAGGAAGAGUCUGGCAUGGCGGAAGAUUCCAAUGCAGAGAAUCUCUACAUCAUGGGGAUGGAGCUCUUUGAGGAAGCCCUGCAGAAAUGGGAGCUAGCCCUCAACGUUCGGCACCGACGCCGAUCAGAGGCGACAGGCAGCAGUAGCCUGGUCCUUCAGGGAGCAUCAGCAGCAGAAAAGCCUGAGUCCGAGCCAAGGAACAAUGUGUUUGCCGAAAAGCUGGAGACCCUCCUUCACCGAGCAUAUCACCUCCAGGAGGAGUUUGGGAGCACCAUCCCCCCAGACAGUCUGCUGCCUGACUUUGAGAGUGAGGGAACACUUAUCCUGCCCAAUGAGAGUUCACAUAGGCUGCCCAUGGACGAUGGCGCCAGUAUCACCUCAGAUGACUCUUUCUUCUCAGCGGCCGAACUCUUUGAUACCAUGUCUUUUGACGAAGUAUACCGGCCCUCGAGGUUGGCAGCGCUGUAUGAGGAGGCUCUGGCUCUUGUGAAAGAGGGAAAGGUGUCCUGCAGAACACUAAGAACAGAGCUCUUAGAGUGCUACAGUGACCAAGAUUUUUUGGCAAAGCUGCACUGUGUGAGACAGGCCUUUGAGGUGGUAUUGCUGGAUGAAAACCAGCAGGUGUUCUUCAGUGAGAUUGGGAAACAGAUGAUUACAGGGCUCAUGGCCAAGGCUAACAAGAGUCCAAAGGGAUUUCUGGAAAGCUAUGAAGAAAUGCUGCGUUAUACACAGAGGGAGGAGACUUGGCCAACAACCAAGAUGGAGCUAGAAGGACGAGGAGUGGUGUGUAUGAAUUUCUUUGACAUUGUGCUGGACUUCAUCUUGAUGGAUGCCUUCGAAGAUUUGGAGAGCCCACCGUCAUCUGUAGUGGCUGUGCUACGUAAUCGCUGGCUUUCGGACAGUUUCAAAGAGACGGCUCUGGCCACAGCUUGUUGGUCUGUUCUCAAAGCCAAAAGGCGUCUGCUCAUGGUACCAGAUGGUUUCAUUUCCCACUUUUAUUCCAUCUCGGAGCAUGUGAGCCCAGUUCUGGCAUUUGGAUUCCUGGGUCCCAGACAGCACCUGAGUGAGGUGUGCAGUAUCUUCAAGCAACAGAUUGUCCAAUACCUGAAGGAUAUGUUUGACCAUGAUAAAGUUCGCUUCACAACUGCGCAGUCACUGGCUGAUGACAUCUUGCGAUUGUCCCGACGACGCAGUGAGAUUCUGCUCGGAUACCUGGGCAUUGACAGCUUAGUGGAGCCCAAUGGAUCGCUGCCACUUAGCAAUGGACCUUCUGAACAUAACUAAGAGACGUACCUUGAACCUAAUUUACAAUUACUUCAUUGAUAUCCCUGCUCAUAAAGGCCUGGGAGCUGUUGUCCAUCUCUCCCACAUAAGUCACCACAGGUAUCAGUAUUCUGCUGAUAAUCAAUCAGUCUUACUGUACCUCCAUCUGCACUGUGGAAAAUCAGGUCUUGCCAGGAGCAAAGAGAACUCAUACACUUCACGGGAUCUGUUCUCUCUUGGCCAACUGUAAAUUAUCCCUCUGGUACGGACUCAAGUGUUGACACUUAAGGAUAAACACUGAAAGACACUGACUGUCUUUUAAUCGAGCUCUUAUUCAGUCCUGUGAAUAUGUCAUCAGUCACUUGUCUGCAUUUUUUAAAGAUAUUUUCCUACCUUAGAUGGCACAUCAUAAUUACAGAAGAGAGACUUUUGUGGUCUUCAGAAUUCCAAUGCAAUAGGAUUAAAUCUUUUAAAAGGUAAUUUACUGAAUGUGACAAAUCUGGUACCUUAACCAGACCUGCUGGGAAUCGCUAAUUGGGUUACUUGGCUAAGGUGACCUAUGAAUAUAUGUAUGAUCAUGGCUUGAUGGGACAUAGGAAGAAUUUUUGCUGACAUUACUCUGAUGUCAUUUUCAGGCAGAUGGCAAUCUGAGUACUGGAUAUACAGUACUGCAGAGACACUAUGAACCUGGAAUUUACAGCUUUAAUCUCUUUUUACCUUCUGGAUUAAGCAAAAAUAGUGUUUCAAAAGGAAAAGUCUGUAAAUCAUGGAACUCCAUGUUAUGGCCAGUGUCUUGAAAGAACUCUUGAAAGUAAAACCACUGAUCAUAAGGGAUUUCGGGUGAAACCAAGCAUUUCUUGUUCCGUCUUUGUCAGUCCAUAUUUUUUCCACACUCUUUCAGACUGAGUUCCUUUGGGUGGAAAAAGACCAUCAUUGUCUGAAAAGCUUAUCAGCCCAGAUUUUAUCGUCGGAAUGCUUUGAAAGAUUUUUGUUCUAAUUCUCUGGACUUCCCCUCUGUUGUCUGUUCAAUCAAACUUGGUGUUUUGUGGUGCUCUAAAGGCCUCUUUGCAUACACGAGAGAGGCAAAGAAGACUUGUGAGAGCUCAGCAUGAAGAAAAAGUACCACAAAGAGAUUCCUUUAGGAAGUACCAGAAACCUUCCUUAAUUGCUUGCAACUAAUUUAAAAUUUCAAAGAAGAUCCUUGUCCUUUACAACAUCUCAAAGAUUAACAUGAAGGAAUUAUCUGUUUUUUCAGCUUGGCCAGAAGUUCUCUGGAGGAGAACAGUCUCGUUGCAGUUUUUGUCUGGGUAGCUCAAUACAAAAGCAGAUAACAGUUGUUAAUAACUCUAUAAAAAGAUAACAUUCAUCCAUCAGUUACACAAAAUAAUUAGAAUGCUUCUUUUUGUCCACAAGGAAAGAUAUAUGCUUUUCGUUUAAUGUGUUUUUUUAUUAAUCGUGUAUCAAAGGCACAUAAUUGUGCACAAAGUUGAUUUUUAUGUUUUAGAAAUGUAUUUUCCUUCCAACUUUGGGUGAGUUACAAAGUUCAUAAUGUGGUAUUUGAUGUAUUUUGCACUUUAUCUAAAAACGACUUUUCUUUUCUCUAAAACCUACAUACUGUACUGUAGUACUUUCUGUGUCAUUGUUGUUGAAAGAUCUGUUAGGGUUCAAACAUUUCCAACACAUUGUCUGCUGUUUUUGAGGUCAGAAACCUUUCCUGUCUUCUGGUAAUCAUGACCUUAUUAUUAAGCUCAUGUUAAAAACCUGAUACACAAUUCUGAAAGUAAAAGAAAAUAAAUUGUGGGAUCUCUAUUAUACAGAUUGUGCCCUUUAAGUGGACCUCUGUUUAACUCUGAGGCAGCUGGCUCUUUCUCAUGGAGUCUGGGGUGACAUGGGGCAUGAGUCACUCAAUAUGUUACAUUAGAUUCCUAGGUGCAUGACCCGUGAAAUAACUGGAACCCAAAGAGGUGGUAAAAUGGGUCGAGUUAAUUAAUUAGUUUUUAAAUAAUAAGAGACCUCUGGCUCAGGUAGAACAAACACAAGUAACCACUGUCUUUGAUCACCUGUGAUGAGUGCAAACCCAAGUUCCCCAUUUAAUUCCUCUCACUGUAAGAUGGCUUCUUAGCUGAUUCGCUCCUCCUGGUUCAAGCAGUCAUCUAAUGUAGGGCUGUCUGAUCUUGGUCCUGGAAGACUGGUGCCUCUCUUGGCUUUCAUUCCCACUCAGUUUUUAAUAAGCUAAAUCAGCUGGUUACUCACUUAAUUGGAUCAAUUUAAACCUUCCCCAAGUUCUUCUGAUUCAGCUUCUUUAAAUAGCGCUAGAAGACCUGCAGACACGCCAACCUUUCAGGACUGCACAGCCCUGACUAAAUACAGUCACAUGCCCACUGUGUAUGGCACAUUCAGCUGGGCAGAUCUGCUUUGGGUAGGGUGUUACUGCAAUGCUAAGAUUUUUGUAGAGAGAAAGCUGAUUUGGAGCUUGUUUCUGUUGACAAAGCGAUGAGGUCUGUCAAUGUUCAUUUGUUCAGGGAAUAUUGCAGCAUUAAGGGACAUAUAAUAAAGUAGAAACAUUUUGUCCUGACAGAAGAAAUGGUUUAAAAAAUCCAGUAACAUUUUGUUUAUUUUUUUGUAUCGUUUUGAAGCUAAAUUUAUUUUCACAUAUAUCAUGAUUCUGUUUAAGUUUUGAACUGAAUUUUAGUUAUGAGUUUCAGAAUCAAGUGACAGCUGCUGGGACAUGUGAUGUAUUGUUCAGAAAGUAGAUAGGACCUCACUACGAGUAGCACAGAAAGGAAAAAAUCAUGCAUGGGGAUCAGAAAACAGUCUCCAAAUCAGUUUCAGACUGUAACUGUUUUUUUUAAUGAUCAGAAACAAGUUGCAGAUGAGAAAGCUUCACAUGAUGCUUAGGCAAUCUAGAUUUCAAGAUUGGAGUAACAGUCUUGAAAAUCUGAGCCACAGUUUUAAUACUCUUGGUUAACUCAGAAAUAGUGUAUAUUAUUGUACAGCGAAUAUGACUUGUUUCAUUAAAUCUAUUUUUCCUAACAACUUUAGAGAAAGAUUUACUUCAUUGUAACUUUGUAACUACAUGGUAUCAGUGUAAUGUACAGUAUAGUGUUAGUUUUCAGAGUAAACAGUCCAGAUUUUCUUGCAAAUAGUUUGUUAUUGCUCAAAUACAAGCACAUAGCCUUUUAAUUUGACUUUUUUUUAGAUUUUCAUAUGGGACGUACAACAUGUAGAAAGUACUAUUGAAUAGCCAGUUUCAGGGGAGGACUUUCAGAAAAGCCUGCUGGAUCAGAAGUGUAUUGUUUAGAGGAGGCUGCCUUUGCAGGUUAAUGUUUGAGCACUGUAAUAACAAAGUUGUAGAAAUGACUUAUUCAGCAUUGGAUUUGUUCAGUAUACAGUAUAUAAAUCAAACUUAAGUUGACAUUAUGAAGGCCAUUUAUGGUUUUUAAAUGUGUACUACUGAUGUUACUUUAACCUUAGAAUCCGUUAUCAAUGUCUUAUAGUUAUGGUCUUCAACUCUGAUCCUGCAGAGCUUCAGUACAGAUCCAGUUCUAUAGAUUAUAAACACUUUUAAGAUAUUUAUAAAUUAAGCCAAUUAUCUAUUUAAGAGAUCUCUGGUCACUGAGAGCUGAAGAGUACUCAGAUUAUUGUCCCACAUAUCUAAACGACUUAACAAUUUAUGGGUAGAAUUAAUUAGUUGAUAGCAAGUAAUUAACAGUUCCAAGUCUCGAGAAAUAUUUGGUUUUCCUUUAAAACUUGAUAGCUUGUUGCUUUCCAGGAAUAUGAUUGGAGAGGUUGAAUCCUUCUGUAUAACAUAUCACCUUGUGUGAAACUUUUUAAGCAGCUUUCUAAAUAUACUGUCUAUAUGAAUGAUUUAAUCAUCAAAACCCAUUGUAAUGGAACAAGACAUACAAAUAAGCUCAAAAAUUGAAAUAAUGAGGGAUACCUAAUGUGUGCUGCUAAACUAAUGAGAAAGGGUCUGUAAGUUCUGAGAAUUAAGUAUUUAAAAUGGUUAUAGGUACAGUUUUAAUAUCACUUCUCAGUGUAGUUUCCUAUAAUCACAAUACACUUGGCUUGCUUUUUUAUACUGUAAGAUACAUGCCUAUAGCAGCAAAAUAGAACUCUUCAGGAUGCCUCUCUCAACUGACCUCUUUGAAUGCCUUCAGGCUUUCAUUGUCUGUAAACCUCACACCUUGAAGGUGAGCCUUCAAGCUUUGAAACAGGAAUCGCUUAGGACCAGGUAUGGACAUUACAUAGCUACCGGAAGUCUGCAUUCACAAAUGGCAUCCUGGGCAACAUGGAUCUUGUGCACAGGGCCAGUGACUUGUACUGUGUAACGCUGUCUCCUCUUGUCCUUGGAUAACUUGUCCAGACCUUUCCACUGAAUUAGAUUAUACAUCCCGGUAUUAGUCAGCAUCAGAAAUUCCUUCUUGACUCCUGAAAGGGGGCACUAUGAUCUUGUCCAUUGAAGGAUGAGUGUAACUUCUAUGGUAAUGGGAACACCUUGCAGCUUUCACUAUGAGAACUCUUGUUCCGUCACUGAGAUUCAGUGAUAAGUAUCACCUGUAAAUCAAGGAAUAUAAAAGCUGACAAGAUCCCAGCGACUUGAUUCCAUUCUAUUGGUGUUGCACCUGAAAACUGAAGUUUCACAGCCGCCAGCUUGCAGGGACUUUGGCCUUGCUGCCAUCUCGCCAGUUUCUAUGCGACACCCCUAGAUUUUUAACUGGGAAGUUUGCGAUGACAUCAUCAUCUACCAGCUGUUCAAGAGGAACAAAAAGUGACCUAGAUGAGCCUCCUCUUAUUUCUAACUGUUAAUGUAUUUUUUGGUGUAGCAUCUGUGUCUCACUACAUUUUGAAAGGAGCCAAAUGCUAAGAUUAAAUAUCUUUUCUUAUGAACUUAUUGACCUGCCCUCUCAUCUAAUCAUUUCUUUGUUAAGCCCAAUGUUAAACAGUCCACAACACAGCCUCUGAGACAUUCUGACUUCUUCAAAGAUGAUUUGAAAACUAUGUUCAAAAAAUCAUUUUUUUGUCUUUAGAUUUUUCUGCUGUUUGCAUAAUUCCUGCAUGAAGUUCAAUUUACUGUACAUCCCCUGGUGAAUGUAUUUUAUCUGUUGUCAGGAUGGGCCUGGGAUUUAUUUAAGCAUUCAUGUGAUUUUUAGAAUUGAGUGUACUGUAGUUAAAAAGGUCUUUGAAAUAAGAGAGAAUCUUAUGGAUUGAAUAUUGCCAUCCCCGUUACUGUCUAUGAGUGGCUCUUUAAAUCAAACUUCAAAUCAGGUUAUGUGUAAUGCAGAAAAACAGCCAGACUCGGUGUAAGAGUUUAAGGGUAUAGGUGUUAAAUAUGAAAAAUGCAAAUGAGGGAAAAGGUGUUCAAAUAACAUUUUAUAAUUAUGAAUCCUUGGGUAAGAAUGCUCAAUGAAAAGCACAGAGUAUAGUGCAAAUAUAUUUCAUUUUAAGGUAAUGUAGCUUUUAAAUCAUUCUUUCUGCACAGACUGAAAAUCAUUAAUCCUGUCUGCACAAAUCUUUCUUUGCUCCUUCUGCCAGUCAUGCACAGGUCACAUACCUUAACUGUUCUGUUAUAAAGGAAAAGUGAUUUGACCUAUAAUUUUCCUCAUCUUAUACGGAACACUUUCGCUGCAACAUAAGCAACUGUUCCGUAAUUGCUGUUGCAAAGUGCACGGAAACCAUAGUUAAUUUAUGUAAACAAGACGAGACAAGUUGUGAAAUGUUCAGCUCUUUAUGGACUUGCAUGGCCUUUACGCCUGUGUUACAACUGGAAAGAAUUCCCAGUGUAAAGUAUCUUAGGCGAUGACAAUAGAAAUAUGGCAGAUCUUAAUGGUAACGAAAGUCAGACACAAAGUGGUAAAGACUGUCUUUCGUGUAUUGCUAGCUCAGCUUCUUGCUUUAUCCUUGACUAUUUAUAUGUUUCCAAAACUAUGGAAAGUAUGCAAAUAUGAUAGUGUGCAGUAUUGUCUGUAAGGCUCAGAAAUGCAUUUGAACUGCCUGGUGCGUUUGGUCUAAUCCGGUCCUAGUUAUGUUGGUUCCAUAAGACUGCACUAGUUAGCGCCUUUCCAAUUAAGGUCAUUUUAGGUGACACACAAUUUUUUUCUCUACUUUUAUUCCGUGCCUUUCGUGUUAGUUUUACAUCUCAUUUAAUGUGCAAAGUUGUGCCAUUUUCCUUCUCCUCUUUCUUCGUGCACUGUUUUGAUAUCGGUUUUUGUUGCGUUAUGAAAGUUCCAAUAAAAUGUACCAAUAAUUCCAA